UUGUCCGGAUUGCCCACGGGCCGAUAUCUGCGUCGGAGAUACUCAGUUACAUUAACAUCGUUGGAAAUCGUUAUUAUUAUGGUAAAUGUACUAUGUUGAAUGGUGUACCUACUAAAAUGUAUAUGUUUCUUAUGGUGUCUGUUGUCUUGGUUUUGGAUGCAGUAAAAGCGUCAUAUGAUUCCGGACGAGGUUUUAAUCCGUUAGUUCGACCAUUUUCGAACAAUGUCGGUGACCACGGGUACGAGAUGCACCGUGUUCCCGGUAAUCCCCAACCGAUAAACGCCAAUUUUCCGGAUUUUCAAGGAAUGGAGCAACACGAGCUUCCGCGCCCCUUGCCGCUUGACGGCGAGCCUCUACCGGAAGGCGCCCAUUCCUUUCCACCGGUGGAAGAGGAACACCAUUUCCUGACCAGACCCGUGAACGUUAUGGUUACUAACCAAGGACCACACUAUCUUCCUCGUCCAGUGUCCAUCCAACCCUCUCCGUUCCACCAUCCUGGAACACUCAACUCACCAUUUUCCCCUCGCCCUUCGCCACCGAAUAUUAAUUUCCAGAGCUCUUCCGGUUCGAAUAUCUUCGCCCAGAACGUCAUCAUCAAUACGCGCGUCUUCCAGGUGCCACAGGAAAUGAGGCACCUAUCUUUGGGAUUGAUGGGGCCACCAUCGCCUUACCAAUUCACGGAGUCAGGACAACCGUUUAUCAACCAAGAUAACGAGUUUAGUCAACCAUCGCCGUUUAACAAACCCAUGGAGUUGAAACCACCAAUGACGACGUAUUAUAAUGUUGACAUACCAAUCCCGUUUUACAACGAUGAGCAGAAAUUAACGCCGUUCGUCAACGUUGCUCAAGAGGUAAGUCAACCGCCCACUUAUAAUAAGGUAGAUCACGAACUUCACCCGAUGUUCUACCAACUGUUCACUUCCGUCGCAAACAUGAAAGAAUCCGUCGAUCGCCACUACGCGCAGAAAAUGAUACCGAAUCCUUACGGGACGGUUUCUAAGAAUCUACCGCCACUCACGAAGGAGACCGAAACGUUGGCGGUAACGAAUGAAGGAGUCUUGCAGGGUGUGGGUGACAAUUGGGCAUCUGCUUCCGUUGAGAGUGAUCGGGAGCCUUUCCACCCCUUGUUGGCAUAGCAAGGAGAUCGAUCUGGUAUACACAAAUAAACUCACUUUACUUCUCAGACGAUAACACGAAUAUUUGUUUCAGUUUAGAUCUGUAUGAUUAAAAUACGAUGGAUGGGAAGGCAGA